AACCCCUGGAGCACAAGCCAUGCUUUAUCCUGUGACCCAUUCGUUUCUGUCUCACGCUCAGGAAACCCCUAAACUCAACACACACCUCAGCGUGCACGGACGAGAGAAUGGCUGUCUUCAUGACAAUGAAUGAACUUUGGAAAAGGACGGCUUUGGGUUUGGUGUUCUGUCUUCUUCUGAUACACAGUUGUCAUGGUCAGGAUGACCAAGUUAACAUUACAACCACACCAGCAGUUACUAAUAUCAAUACCACAGCAGCAGUCACAGAUCAACCAAAUACUGAUAACCCAAGCAACCGAAGCACUGAAAUCACCACCCCAGGUUCAGCUCCAGAUGUUUCGCACCCUACAACACCUGCACCUUCAUCAGACAACACCACUGAUGCUAUCGGGAUAAGCGAGACCACGGCCCAGCCUGUCCAAUUGAAAGUCUCUGCAGCCAAUCCAUCCUCAGUUUUCAUUGCAGGGAAAACCGAAAGCAGACAAGAGGAAGAAACUAUUUCAGGCCUAAAUAAGUCCUUAACUUCUGAAGAGCCUGAAGUCACAAACGAGAAUGCUUCUGGGUCUUCUGCGGUUUUUGUGUCUGUUCUGGUGACAGGCUUGUUGCUUGCUGCAAUGAUAAUUGGCGCAUACUAUUUUAAACAGCACCGUAAAACCAAUGGCAAAGGAGGCAUGAAACUGACUGAGGAGUCCUACAUGGCUGAUGAAGAGAACCAGGGUAACACUCUCGUGUCUGUGGCCCCUCUGAACCAGCCCGAGCCCCAGGAGAAGCCCAGUCUGAAUGGAGAAUCCCCGGAGGGAGUGAUAACCCAGACUCCUCCUGCCGCCACCAACGGCCACUCUACCACCAAGACAGCAGACACAGAGCUGUGAAGAAUCAGUUCUGCUCCGUCUACUGCACAUCCACCUUGACCUUCAGCAGGCUCAAGGGAGAUCAAAUAAAGACUCAUUCUCAUGUAAAUACAAUCGGAUAUGUUUAUUCUGAACAUUUCUGGGACAAAGAAAACAAUAAAAAAUACUAAUGAAGUAAACAUAAUUGGCCAAGCAAGUUUUCCUACACAAGUGGUGUAUAUGCGUAAUUGUUAUACAAACGGUUUCUGUAUGUUAUAAAGGCAAGCGAUGAUUGAUGCUGACGCAAGUUAUGACCGCAAUUACAUGAACAUCGUAUAAUUUAAUUAGAAUAUGGUUAAAAAAAGUUGCAUUCCUUGAGUGUAGUACUGGUAUGAGGUGGGGGACGUUUCCCAUUAGUCAUUACUGGCUUCCAUGAGGGAAGCCAGGGUUAGGACACAUGGGAGGGUCCCUUCUCCGGUCCCAACACACCAGUGCUUUCCAUCUCACUGUAAAAUAUACCACGUCAUAAAGAAACACUCAGACUGCAGCGUUUGGAAGUUGUGGUCUUGUUUGCAACAGAUUGUUUGUGUGUGUCUAACGUGCCUCUGAGUCAAGUGUACUGAAAUUACUACGUUCUGUUUGUUUGUCUUUGUGUACAAUAAGAUUUGACUAGCUUAUAGUCGUGUAUAAUUUUGUUAAUAUCAUUGUGUGACAAAGUAAUGAGUUUUGAAGCCGUCUGAAAAAUGAACAAAAGCUUCAUUUCAUUACUGCAAACAACCACAAUGUAAAUCCAACAAAUCAAAUGUACUGCAAAGCCCUUUAGUGCUCAGGGUCACAGUUAAGUGUUAUUUGACCGAUGUAGCAUUCAAUCAUUGGUAUGAGGUAUACCAUCACCGUUCUUUGUAAACCAGUAUUAUGCUCUUUUGUAAUAUUUUUACUAGACAUUUAGAGUCUUGUAGUGUUUAUGGAAUGAAUGACUGGCUUAAUAGUUUGAAUGACCUUUGACUUUGGGGGGGUGUCUUUUUUGUAAUUUGCUACUACACUGUACAUUAACCAUAAUGCAGAGGAAAACAUUACUAUUCAGUUUGAUGUAUCUUGGUGCAGCCAUUAGACCGGCUUUUUAAAGGGAUAGUUCACCAAAAAAUGAGAAUUCUGUAAUAAUGUACUCAUCCUCAUGUAGUUUCAUACCUGUAUAAAUUCUGAUGAACAUAGAAAAAGAUAUUUGGAAGUAUGUUAGCAAUUUUCAGUUACGGGACAUCUUUGACUACCAUAGUAGGAAAAAUGUAAUGGUCGUCAAAGGUGCCGCAGAACUGUUGGCUUUCCUAAAUUCUUGGUGUCUUAGAGCUGAAAAUUGCUAACAUUCGUCCAAAUAUCUUUCUUUGUGUUCAACAGAACAAAGAAAUUUAUACAAGUUUCAAACAAUCUGAGGGUGAGUAAAUGAUAACAGAAUUUACAUUUUUGGGUGAACUGUCCCUUUAAGUUGUACUUAUAGUUUUAUUACUGUUGCUUUGUAGAGUGACGGCAAACAAUGAGGAAACACUCAGACAACAAGAACAUUUCUACAUACUAACACGCAUUUGUGUUUCUGUUUGUUAAUCAUUCUCUAGAAAACUUCUAAACUUUCUGGUUAAACUUGGAUGCUAGUGUGAAUGUGUCAUUUCAAAUAACACGAAAGUGGAAUUACACAAGGAUUUUAUAAGAACAUAUGAACAUAUUCAGGAAAAAAUGACAUUACACCAUAAGCAUGUACCUUUUCAAAUUCUGUUAUUUUUCCUGUGUAACAUUCAGUUUUUCUUUCGUGUUUCAGGUCGGUGUCUUAGCAUUGUGUUAAACGGAUGUACUGUAUGUUUAAGAUAGGAAUAAAGUUUUAGAAAAUAAA